AUCGCGAGUCGAAAAGCAAUCGUGAAAACGCCGUAGUCCCCUGCUAAACACAAGCUGCCAUCCCCCGUUAAAUAGUACUAGUAGUUCAUGUCUACCUGGUACUAGUGUAUUGCAGUGUGUCGUGACAGUUAACAAAGCAAGGUGAACAGUAGCUUCGUCCUGUAGCUCUCUUGGCAGAACAUCAUUUUAUCACAGACUUUGCUCACAACUGAAGAUUAAAAUGGCGUCCUGCAGCGUAACUGGUUUGAUCGCGUGUCUGGUUGUUCUGGGUUGUCUUGUGAACGACGUCACUCCCUUGCAAUGUACCACAUGUGAAUAUGACGAAGCCUGGGAUUGGUUGGCUGCCUCUUCCGAUUAUGCCUGUGUUACUGACCCGGCGUCGAUGAACACUGAGAGUUGUGAUACGACCUGCUAUACCUGGGGUCUCUACACUGAUGACUUAUCCAAUGCGUACAACUUGAAGAUGAAGCGUGGUUGUGCGUCCGCAGAAGAGAACAGCACCUGGGCUAUGGAUGACUGUGAUACGUACGACGAUGUGAGCGACAGUAACAGCGCUUUCGUGUGCACAUGCAGUGACGAGGACAGCUGUAAUGCCGACGAUUCAGGUUACCACAAAUGUUACAAAUGUGAGACGGGAUUCCUAGAAGAUGACGACGAUUAUAACUGCAGAAGUAACUUGGAAGCACACUACGAACCAACGCCUUGUCUCACUGGACACUCAGGCUGUGGAACCAAGCAACUUUACUACAAUAGUUGGCUCUUUCAAGACGAUACUAAACGAUAUUGUACGGACGACACGACAACUGACAGUUGUACUACCGAUAGCAAUGGUUACGAGACAUGUAUCUACUAUUGUGGUGGGGAUUCGUGUAAUAAUGGUGGCAGUGGCGCCAACAACGUAAUCGUCUCGACGACUUUGAUUUUAGCAUUGGCCCUAGUGGCAAAUUUGAGUCUGCGUUUCUGGUAAAAUCGCGACGAAGCGCCCUCUCUGUUAUCGUUUCAGUCAAUGACCUCACGGUGUGCAUUUUUUAUUUGUGUGCAUUGUUUACAAACAAGCGUAUACCCUUUGCGUUUUUAGCGUGUGUUGUUAUGGUCGCUUGGGACUCAAUUCCCGCGCGUGCGCAGGUGACGACCCUCCCACUUUAACCGAAGACUCUAUGAACUAUGCACACCACAACCUUGGUCUUAUUGUUUUUUCAGUUUAUGUUCUUGGCAAAGGCAAUUGAUAUGUACAUAUUCAAACUUUUGUCUUUGCGGGUACUAUCAAUAAAUGUAAUAAUAGUGGAUUUAUAAUAAAAAUGUAUAAUAUUUUUGUGAUUAACAAA